CUUUUCCAUUGACCACCACGUCGUAGGGUUCUCCAUAGUAGUAGGCCACGGUCUCACACAUCUCUAAUCUUCUGCCACGUGUACCAAAACACCCUCGCUCCGGCGUCGUUUCAGGGGAACCAGUCACUGUUUCCGCCCUAAAGCGGCAUUUGGACACCACCAAUCCCAAUACUGAUUCUCCCCCUCGAAAUCUCAUUCCAUAUCCAACCUUCCAAACACGCCCUUAUCAAAAGAACUUAUAUCAAAUGUUGCAAAUGCAUUUUCCACCAAACCGAAUUUGAAUCUUCAAAAUCUUCAACGUGAACGUUCUUCCGAUUUCACAAACCAGUAAGGUGGAGUUUCAAUAAUGAUGGAGAAGGCAGAUUCUGUGCAGAAGCUGUACACGCGGAUGCGGCUCUGGGAGUUUCCGGAGCAGUAUGUGAUUGAGCCGACGGAUGGAUCAUCUGGUUCUUCUUUGGCGGUUAGCAGAGUGGAUGGCUCCAUGAAGCUCAUCGAUGAGGUUCCAGAAUGCAGCUCCGUUCGAGUUCCGAAGAUUUAUACGAUAUUCGGUGUUGUUGGCAUGUUGAGGCUUUUGGCUGGAUCAUAUUUGCUAGUUAUAACUGAGCGUGAAUGUGUUGGAUCUUACUUGGGGCAUCCAAUUUUCAAAAUUUCAUCCAUGAAGGUUUUUCCAUGUGAUCAUUCUCUUAAGAAUACCCCUGCCGAACAGAAGAAGACAGAGAUGGAAUUUUCCGGUUUACUAAAUGUUGCUGAGAAGACCUCUGGUCUGUUCUUCUCGUAUGAAACUAAUUUAACUCUGAGUGCACAACGACUGAAUGACUUGGGUGAUGAAUCUAGAUUGCUUCCUCUGUGGAGACAGGCAGAACCUCGAUAUCUAUGGAACAAUUAUAUGUUAGAAGUGCUCAUAGAUAACAAGCUUGACCCAUACUUACUCCCUGUAGUCCAAGGCAGCUUUCAUCACUUUCAAGCAGCCAUCGGGAAAGAUAUUAUUGAUAUUACUUUGAUUGCUAGGAGAUGCACAAGAAGAAAUGGAACUCGGAUGUGGAGAAGAGGAGCUGAUCCUGAUGGGUAUGUAGCCAAUUUUGUGGAAACAGAACAAAUUAUGCAUUUCAAUGGGUACACAGGUUCAUUUGUUCAGGUUCGUGGUUCAAUUCCACUGCUCUGGCAGCAAAUUGUUGACUUAACAUAUAAACCGAAGUUUGAAUUAUUGAAACCUGAAGAAGCUCCACGAGUCGCUGAGAGGCAUUUCUUAGAUUUAAGAAAAAAAUAUGGAGCAGUGUUGGCUGUUGAUCUUGUUAACAAGCAUGGAGGAGAAGGGCGGCUGUGUGAAAAAUUUGGCGAUGCAAUGCAGCAUUUGGCUGGUGAUGAUGUAAGAUAUGUGCACUUUGAUUUUCAUCAUGUUUGUGGGCACAUACAUUUUGAUCGUCUCUCCAUCCUCUAUGAUCAAAUUUCAGAUUUUCUUGAGAGAAACGGAUAUCUUCUUUUGAAUGAAAAGGGAGAGAAAAUGAAGGAGCAACUUGGAGUUGUUAGGACCAAUUGUAUUGAUUGUCUAGACCGUACAAAUGUUACUCAGAGCAUGAUAGGCCGGAAUAUGUUGGAAUACCAGCUUAGAAGGCUUGGUGUCUUUGGUGCUGAAGAAACAAUUAGUUCACAUCCAAAUCUUGAUGAACGCUUUAAGAUCUUGUGGGCUAAUCAUGGGGAUGAUAUAAGUAGUCAAUAUUCGGGAACUCCUGCACUAAAAGGAGACUUUGUCAGAUUUGGGCACCGCACAAUGCAAGGGAUAGUUAACGAUGGUCGGAAUGCUCUUCUAAGAUAUUAUUUGAAUAACUUUUGUGAUGGAACAAAACAGGAUGCAAUUGAUCUCCUGCAAGGACAUUAUAUAGUUUCUGUCGGCCGAGAUAAAGCUGCCUCAGCUCAGAAAGGAGGCCUUGAAGCUAUAGCUUCAUUUCCGCUGGCUUUGGGUCUGGUUUUGAUCGGAUUUCUUUUUGCAACCAUGUCAUUGAGGCAAGUUCGAUAUGAUUUUCGGCACUUGUUCUUUUCGCUAAUGUGGGCAAGCAUUAGUGUUGGUAUAGCAGCAUUUGUGAGGGCCAACGGCCGGGUUUUCUGCAACAGACCUCGCCUACACAAUCCCCGGGUUUAACUUCCAUAUAAAUCAAUUUUGAACAAUUAAAGUUUUUCUUUGAAGUAUUGCAACAGGAGUCACGGGAAGAGGCUUUAGUUCUACUACUACACCGAAAUCACUUCAAAGAAUUAUAUCUUCACCUAACGCUUCCUCUGGCUGCUUAAUAUAUUUAUUCUUUCUUUACUAAUUUGUAAACACUGCAGCUCUCAGAAAUAUAUUCAUAUAACUACAAUCAUGUUCUGCUUUUGCUGCUUCAUCGGUGUUUCUUGCACCUCUUGUAUAUUUGAAUUUUUUUUUGUGCCUUGUUUAAGAUGGAAGCAUUCAAGGUUUAUAUUGUAUUCGUUUUACCAAAUUCAUUGAUUCAUACUAUUUCAGAAAUCAAGGUUACUGUAUAUGUGGGAAACUAAAUGCGCUGCUAUUCAAGUUUACGGAAUUUCUUAAUGACUAUGAUAACUUGUUGUCAA